AUGAAAUGUAACAACGAAAGUAGAAUGUCGAGAGAAAUGACGUCGGGAAUUAACCCAUAUGGAGAGAGGAAAAAAGAGUCUAGAAUAACGAUUCCAUUGGUGACUCUUUCGAAGAGAGAGAAAAAAAAAAAGAGAGAAGAUGAGUAUAACAAAAUUAUGGAGAGUUCGGAAGAGAAGAGUGACUUUUUCAAUGAUGAUAAAAAUUACUACUCGUACUCGGACAGGAGUGAAAACUCUCAAUCACAAAUGACCAAAGCGCAGCCAGUGGGGUCAGCCUUCCCCUUGCAUGGAGAUACACAAAGUGGAACCACGUAUAAAAGUGGCAGAAGCAACCAUGUGCUGACACCAACCAGCGCAAAUUUAGAAGAAAAUAUUUUAAGAAAUUUGGAAGAUGAUAGCAGCUAUGAUGGACAUUUUGGUAGCGACACGGAGAAGAGUAAAAGUGCCAGAUCUAGUAGAAGGAUAUCCGUUACGAGGGAAAAAUCAUGCGAGGAGGAUCACUUCAGGCAUCAGAAAAGUAGCCUAAAAAGUGGGGGAAGUAGUCGCAGAUUUGAAAAUUGCGUCAGUGGGGGAAGUAGUUGCAGAUUUGAAAAGCGCCUCAGUGGGGGAAGUAGUUGCAGAUUUGAAAAGCGCCUCAGUGGAGGGAAGGUAAAAUUUGAUAAAGGCGAUAGCGCUGAUUGGCUCCAUAGGACUGCAUACAAAAUGGUACAAAUGGGAAACACGCAGAAAACAGAUCUUUGGUUUAUAGACACCAUGAAUGAGAUGCUAGACAGACUUUGCGAUGGGAACGAACAGGAGGGGCACAAAAACGAUGGAGCCGUUAUUAACACCACCUCGAACUCCAUCAAUUUAAAUUAUCCCCCGUUAGGAAUAAACAUAAUAUUGAGGUGGCCAGAAUAUUUAAAAUUGAACAGCAUAAUUUCAGGCACUCAUAUUUUUCCCAUCUAUGAGGGCAUACGUAGCAUUUUUAUAAAAUACCAGAGCCAAAAAUUGGAAGGGAAAAAUAAUAAGGCAGGAAAAAGCACUACCGUUUUGCCGUUACCCACAUUUCCGCAUGAAAAUGGAAAGGAUAGAUGUAUCCCAAAGGCUUAUUCAAAUUUGCCAAACUUGAAAUUGCCAACUGAUAGCGAAGCUACUGCACAUGCACAAUACCCUCACAACAACUUUCACGUGAAAAAAGGUCGCAUCAUACACGAUGAUGAUUAUGAUGAUUUUCUCUUCUCCAAUUUACCAUACUUAAUCCAAAGGAUGAGAAAUAAAUAUAAUGAAUUCUGCGAACAUAUUGGAGAAACACUAGAGCAUAUAGACAAAGAAAAUUACACAUUUAAGCAAUACUGUUUUGCAGUUUCGAAAAUAUUUGCUCAAAAUUUAAUAAAUAUGAUACCCUUUUCAAAGUUCCCUGAGCUGUUUAGCCAUAUGACGAAUUCCUUCCACACGUGUAUUCGUCAUAAUCAGAAUGAAGAAUCCAUGACUGAAACGGAUUUUAUCAACACGUAUAAUUUGCAAUAUAGUAACAAUAAGAUGGGAACUGCAUAUUCCCUACCGAUGGAAUUGGGUAGCUCCAUGUCAAAUUUAAGUUCUACCAUUAGGAUGAACUGCAGUGGACAGAAAAAAAAUGUGUUCCUCAAUUCGAACGCAGCAUUUGUUUCCAAGGGAGGAGGGAGUCAUAUCUUUCCCAGGGGAAGAAGUAUCAACGUAAAUGAGCAACAGAGAAGGCAUAGUCUCUCUCACAAUUUCCAUGGUACCAAAAGGGACAGUACAAUUUUGCCAGGUGGUACACUUGAGGAAAGAAGAAAUUAUCUAACUGGAAAUUUUAACACCCUGCCAAAGUACGUAAAAACAUGUGCUAAUAGUCGCAAAAAGUUGAGCAAUUCUUUAAGACCCUCGGAUUUAAUAAAAAUGGCAAGUGUCAGAAAUAAUGCUCUUAUAAACGUGGACACAUUACGGAAGUGUAAAUCGUCGUAUGCCCCAUCAACAAGCCAAGAGGUAGUGCCAAAGGUUAACACAGAAGUGGGGGCGCAGGAGGAGGCUGAUGUGGCAGGUAAGCACUUAGAUAACUCGCAAAAGAACUCCUUCGAUGAGAUAGGCGAGUCGUUUAAUGCAACCGCCAGUGAAAAUUACUGCACGGCGAAGUCGAUGCCCCUUAAUUAG